CUCUAGCUAUCUUCUUUCCAACAUUUUUCUCUCCUCCCUCCUCCCUCAUCUCCACCCCCCACCCCCUCACCAAGGAAGGAAUUGGCCAGCUCCACCCAGCCGCCCCCCCCAUAGCUCCACCCCCAAGUUGGCAGGCCAAGAGUUAACAGCUGCACCUGUUGAGGUAUACCUGCUGUCGCGGGCACCUGUACCUGUAGCCAAUCAGCACCAGCGCUGCCAGGAACCUACCUGUCAGCAGAAUCCCGACGCUGAAAUCUCAACAUAAAUCAAACACUUCCCUGGGCAGGGAAUGUCUGUGUCAGGCGAGAAUUAGAGAAGAGCGGUCAGCAGAGCCUCGGUGCCCCGUGCCGAUUGUUCAAGCCUGGGAGCCUGGGAGCCUGGGAGCAGGAAGAUGUCGAAUGAACUUGAUUUCAGAUCUGUGCGGCUACUAAAGAACGACCCAGUUAACUUCCAGAAGUUCCCCUACACUAAUGAGGAUGAAGCCUGGAAGACCUACCUGGAAAACCCCUUGACAGCUGCCACGAAGGCCAUGAUGAGAGUCAACGGAGAUGAUGACAGCGUUGCGGCCCUGAGCUUCCUCUACGAUUACUACAUGGGCCCCAAGGAGAAGCGGAUACUAUCCUCUAGCACUGGGGGCCGGAACGAGCAAGGAAAGAGGUACUACCAUGGCAUGGAAUAUGAGAUGGACCUCGCCCCCCUUGAAAGUCCCACACACCUCAUGAAAUUCUUGACAGAGAACGUGUCUGGAACCCCAGAGUACCCAGAUGUGCUCAGGAAGAAUAACCUAAUGAGCUUGGAGGGGGUUGUGCCCACCCCAGGCAAGGCAGCCCUCCUCCCGCCAGGCCCCAGCAAGCUGGAAGCUGGCUCUGUGGACAGCUACCUGCUGCCCACCAAUGAUGUGUAUGAUAACGGCUCCCUCAACUCCUUGUUUGAGAGCAUUCAUGCAGUGCCUCCCACACAGCGCUGGCAGCCUGACAGCACCUUCAAAGAUGACCCACAGGAGUCGCUGCUCUUCCCAGAUAUCCUGAAAACGUCCCCAGAACCCACGUGUCCAGAGGACUAUCUGAGCCCCAAAAGUGACUUUGAGUACACCCUGGGCUCCCCCAAAGCCAUCCACAUCAAAUCGGGCGAGUCGCCCAUGGCCUACCUCAACAAGGGCCAGUUCUACCCUGUCACCCUGCGGACCCCAGCAGGUGGCAAAGGCCUUGCCUUGUCCUCCAACAAAGUCAAGAGUGUGGUGAUGGUUGUCUUCGACAAUGAGAAGGUCCCAGUGGAGCAGCUGCGGUUCUGGAAGCACUGGCAUUCCCGGCAACCCACUGCCAAGCAACGGGUGAUCGACGUGGCUGACUGCAAAGAAAACUUCAACACUGUGCAACACAUUGAAGAGGUGGCCUAUAAUGCAUUGUCCUUUGUGUGGAAUGUCAAUGAGGAGGCCAAGGUGUUCAUCGGCAUCAACUGCCUCAGUACAGAUUUCUCCUCGCAGAAGGGGGUGAAGGGUGUCCCCCUGAACCUGCAGAUUGACACCUAUGACUGUGGCUCAGGCACUGAGCGCCUGGUACACCGCGCUGUCUGCCAGAUCAAGAUCUUUUGUGACAAGGGAGCAGAAAGGAAGAUGCGGGAUGACGAGCGGAAGCAGUUUCGCAGGAAGGUCAAGUGCCCCGACUCCAGCACCAGUGGCGUCAAGGGCUCCCUGCUAUCCGGCUUUAGGGGCAAUGAGACCACCUACCUGCGGCCUGAGACAGACCUGGAGACCCCACCGGUGCUGUUCAUCCCCAAUGUGCACUUCUCCGGCCUGCAGCGCCCUGGAGGGGCGGUGCUCUCAGCAGGACACGGCAGCUCCAACAGGCUGCCUCUGAAGCGCACCUGCUCGCCCUUCACGGAGGAGUUUGAGCCUCUGCCCUCCAAACAGGCCAAGGAAGACGAUCUGCAGAGAGUUUUGUUGUAUGUGCGGCGGGAGACUGAGGAGGUGUUUGACGCCCUCAUGUUGAAGACCCCAGACCUGAAGGGGCUGAGGAAUGCGAUCUCUGAGAAGUAUGGGUUCCCGGAAGAGAACAUUUACAAAGUCUAUAAGAAAUGCAAGCGGGGAAUCUUGGUCAACAUGGACAACAACAUCAUCCAGCAUUACAGCAACCACGUCGCCUUCCUGCUGGACGUAGGGGAGCUGGACGGCAAGGUUCAGAUCAUCCUCCAGGAGCUGUAGAGCCUGAGCACUGACUCCCUCAGCCCUCUUGAAGUAGGCACCAGCCAGGAGCCAGCUGGGAAGGGGCCCCACGCCACACACAACCUCUCCUCAUGCCUCAGUGCUGUUACUUGAAUGCCUUCCCUGAAGGAAGAGGCCCUCGAGUCACAAACUCUGACAUCAAGGCCAGGAAGGGGCCUGGGAGGUGUCCUGAUCUGAACCCCCAUUAUGCUUGAAUCUACUCUCUGAACUUCCUGCCAGAGCCUGCCCAUCCAGAGACAGUGCCAUCUUGGUUAACAUGCCCAACAGACCAUUUCCGCCUCAAGUGACCCUUCUCUGCAGCUGAUCUCCUGCAGGCAGCCAGUCCAGGAGGGGGAAGUGGACCUGUGUCCCCAGGUGGACUUGACUCUUCAUCCCAUUCUUGAUGCUUCCAUCCACUUCAGACCAAGGAUUUCUCACCCUUUGGUCAGUUAGUUAACUUGAAAACUCUUGAUUUUCAGUGCAAAUGACUUUUAAAAGACACUGUCAUGGAGACACUCUCCUCACAGACUUCCCCAGUGCAGGAUGGGAAUCAGAGCGAUCGACGGGAACAAAGUGGCCUCUGUGUGAAAAGACCACCACGCCUGCUCACUGUUAUAUACAUUUCUUAUUUACAAUUUUCAUUUAUGUUAUAUAUAUAUAAGUAUAUAUUGUAUAUAUAUAUGCAACAUUUUAUAUUUUUCAUGGAUACAUUUUUAUCAUUUCAAAAAAUGUGUAUUUCACAUUUCUUGGACAUUUUU